AUGUCCCUCCAAGUGAACGACCCACGGUCGCAAACCCGAUCCAAAUCUCCCGCCCGCGAGCCCUCACGGUCGCGAUCGCGGUCGCGCGACAACCGAAUCCCCUCUCCCUCUCCCUCCCCCUCUCGCCGGUCGCGCUCACCAGCCGUCGAAAUCCCCAGAGCAAAGACCUACAGCCCCGACGAAGAAGCCGAAAUAGAGCGCCAAUACAAGCUUAUCAGCUCGCGCCGUCGCGAGAACCCAGAUGAGUCGCGCGCCGGCAGCUCGCACGCCCCAAGAAGCGCCCGCUACGACGUGGACCCUCGCGAUGACCGCUACCAACACUCAGACGAGGAGCGCGGUUCUGCCGCCGCUUCGUCACUGUCGCAUCGUCAACCCCCGUCGCCAGCCCGCGACAGUCGUUUGGAUGUGAAUCCGAAUCCGAAUCACCACGACUCCGACUCAGCAGAUGAUCUAGCCUACGGCGAUGCGCCAGGCAACCAUCCCAGCUACGCGCGCCGGAAUCCAUACAGCUAUGCCCAGCCCACGCAGUUUGCCUCCGCGUCCGCGCCGCGACAACCAACCUACGCUACCGCACCAGUAGACUGGGCCUCAGUGCCAGAAUGCGAACGCCCUGGGUUUGUGCCGCCCUCCUCGCAGCCUGGCCCGGCUACUACUAUGCCCGGCGCGUUCCCUGCAGCGUCAAACUACCCCGCUGGCUCGGGAGCUACGUCGCUGCAGUAUACUAGUUUACCGGCCCAGCAGGCUCCGUAUGCGCCGACGAGUGCGGCUUAUGCGCCUUCGCAUUACCGUACUCCCUCGAGUGAGACUGGUUAUUCGCAGCCUGCUGUGGGGUAUGCGAAUCCGGGCGUGUACCAGUAUGCGCAGCUUGAUCCUAAUGUGAAGUAUUCUUCGAAGACGGUGCCUGUGCCGCCGCCCGCGCCGCCCGCGCCUAGGCCUAUAUACCCGGCUGCUACCCAUGAGCAGUUUUCUAGGCCGAUUCCGCAGUCGUCGCAGAAUUUGUAUCCGUAUCAAUCGCAGGCGCAGCCGCAGUCACAGGGACAGUCGCAGCAACCGCCAGAGCAGCCGUCUCGGAAUAAACAGGAGCCCGAGCCUCAGUUUGUGGAGAUCGCGCCCAGGAGUCGGUCGAGUGCUCGUCCACACAGCAGCUCUGUGUCCUCGUCGAAUAAUCUCGCUGUUGGAAGAGCCAGUGCUCCUAAUUCGGCUCAUCCCCCGGGUAGUCCGCUGCUGGAGCCGUAUCAUGGAACCUACCAGUCCAUCUCACCGAUGCCAUCCGCGAUCAUCAUCCCCUCCAUCCGCGACGAUGAAAUCUCAGACCUUGAACCACUCGACGGAAACUCAGCGUCAGACUCAAGCCGACGCAGCAAACACAUUCGCUCGCGCUCGUCUGUCCGUGUCAGCGAGAAAGAUUCCCGCUCCCGCGGCAACAAAGAUAAAGACAAAGAGCGCAGCUCCUCGCGCGACAACCGCAAGGACGACAAACGCCUCACCCACCCAAAAAUCAGCCACGGCCGCCACGACUCAGGCUCCUCCACCCGCAGCUCCGACGCAAGAGUCCUCGUCUCCCCAACGACAGGCCGGAAACGCGUCUCCUUCUACGACGCCGGCCCCGAUGCCGCCGCCCUGCAAGCCGCCCUCAGCCACACACGCAACAUCGACAGUAGACCCAUGAUCCAGAUCCUGCCCCGGCUAACAAGCGACGAAAUCAUCCUCCUGCGCCACGAAUACAAAAACCGCGUCCGCCUCCAAGGAAAAGGAAUCAACAUCGCCAAACACCUCCGCCUCAAACUCGGCAGUUCCUCCUUCGGCAAAGUCUGCUACGCGACCGCCCUCGGCCGCUGGGAAUCAGAAGCCUACUGGGCGAACUGCUACUACCAAGCCGGGACAUCCCGCCGCGAACUCCUAAUCGAGUCCCUGAUGGGCCGGACGAACGCCGCAAUCCGCGAAAUCAAACACUCCUUCCGCGACAGCCGCUACGACAACAGUCUCGAGCGCUGCAUGCGCUCCGAGCUGCGCGCGGACAAGUUCCGCAUGGCGAUUUUGCUCGCGCUCGAGGGCCAGCGCCAGGAUGAUCGCGACCCACUGGAUAGACGGCUCGUGCGCGCCGACGUGCAGGAUUUGCAUCGCGCGAUUGUCCGCGAGGGCGGCGAGACUGCUAUGAUUCAUAUUAUUGUUUUGAGGAGUGAUUCGCAUCUGCGCGAGGUGCUGCGCUCGUACGAGGAUAUCUACCGGCAUAAUUUUGCGAAGGCUAUGAUUGCGAAGUCGCGGAAUCUGGUGGGCGAAACCCUAGCCCACAUCCUCAACGGCGCAAUCAACAGACCAAUGCGCGACGCCCUCCUCCUCCACCAGGCCCUGCGCGAAUCCCGGACCGGCCGCGAGCGCUCAGAGCUCCUCAUUUCCCGUCUCGUGCGGCUGCAUUGGGAGCCUAGACAUCUCGACCUCGUGAAGAAUGAGUACAGGCGCCGAUACCAUGAGCGUCUGGAGGAGGCUAUUGCCGAGGAGAUUCUGCCGCUGAAUGGGGGCCAGGAUUGGGGGGAGUUUUGUAUUGAGUUGGCGCGGAAUGCUUGA